AUGAAUUUGAAGCGAUUUUUAACUCCGGUGAAUCAGAUAAUUCGUCUUGACAAUUUUGAGCAUCGCAAAAGUACGGAAUUUAAACGUUGUUUUGCUGUAGCUCCGACCACAUCUAAUACUGAGACUCCGGAUCGUAUUCUGCCUGGACCUUCAAUCACUACCUCAAGUUUGUUCAAAAAAGAUGAUCCGUUUGUUCAGGAAAUCAUAAAGCAUGCGGUGGAAAAGGAAGAUAAACCAAAAGCUGAGACAUCUCGCAAUCCCUGGGACGAGUAGGUGAUAUUUAUUAUAUCGUAUCUUGAUUUAGUGUUUAUGUGGUCAAGACGACGGGCGUGGUAAAGUCUCAGGACAGGAAGAAGGUGGGAAGGAUCGGAGUCUUUUGGGGGAAGGGAGAUCAGAUGAAUGUCUACAAAAACGUGGAUUCAGAUAGUGGCGUCGCUUUGUCGGUUACGUUGGCUGAGCUUGAUGCUGUCAUUUUAGCUUUAAGACAGGCGAUAUUCGAGAAGAAUCUGAAUCAGGUUGUGGUUGAAACGGAUUCUGAGUUCGUAGCUAAUGUGUGUUCGCGGUUUCUGAAGGCAUGGAGGAAUAAUGGCUUUAUGAAGGCGGAUGGAACUCCAGUCAAGAAUAAAGUUUUUAUAGAAGAACUGGACAGGUUACUUCAGCAGAUUGACGUAUGUUUUGAUAAAAAAUAAUUUAUAAAACUAAAACAAAUGUUUUGAUGCUACUUUAUUAUUAUUUUGAUAUUUACCUUAUGUUAAUUUUAAGAAAUAACGUUCUUGCUUUUAAAUUUUAUGCUUUCAGGCAAAAGUAGUGUUUUGUCAACAUAAAACUCGCUACACAAAUGACGUUUUCCAAUCUCUGAAGGCAGAAGGCGACUUUGAUAAAGCGAUCGAAGAAGAUAAAAGUAUUCACACUCCCCAAGAAGUAAUCUCUCUUCCUUCCUCAAAAUCUAAUGUCAUCUACACUUCAGCCAAGCUUGAGAAGGUGAUUAGCAAAAGUGGCAGUAGCUCUUUCAUAUACGCUGGCUUUGGAAUCCAUUAUCCAGCGAAUGUGAAGGUAGACGAUUGUGGGAGGUAUACUAGAUACCCGAUAACCGAGUUGAGAACUCAAUUAUCUGGUAUUCUACGAGCAGUCCAGAUCGCUAAAGAAAACGACUUGAAAGAAGUGCACAUCGUCACGGAUUCUAGGUUGUUUCUCAAGUUCAACAAACUCAAGUGGCUGAAGAAGGACGGGAAUGCUGUAGCGAACAAGGAUUUGUACGAUAAGAUAGCAGAUGUCACUAAGGAGAUGAAGGUAGGCUUUAUUAACGCAGUAACCAUUAGUUUUUAAACUUUAUUAUAGAUGAUUUAUUGGAUUUUAGGUACAUUACCACUACGCCCCUCCCAACUUCAACAAGGAAAUGGAGCGGUCUGGUAUGUUAGCCGAGGAUGGGAUGUGUUUACCGGUCGUCGGUUUGCGAAGUUCGUAG